CGCCCUUAGAAAAAAUGGCAGCAUCCAGAAAAUAAGUACGGGAGAAAUAAGGAGACUGCAAAUUGUAUUAUGGAGCCAAAAGAAGUAAAAACAACAUUGAAAAAUGCCAGAGAAGCUAUCCGAAAUAAAGAGUUUAAGGAGGCACUUAAACACUGCAAGUCUGUACUGGCUUGGGACAAAAACAACUACAAUGCAUUGGUAUUUGUGGGCGUGGCUGCAGAGGGACUCGACCAGAUUGAGCAGUCAGUCAAAGCCUAUAAAAGGGCCAUAGAAGCAGCCCCUAGUCAACCCCUGGCCUGGCAGGGAUUGGCUGGUCUCUACGAGAAACGUCCAUCAAAAGAACACGACACAGACUUGAUCACUGUUUACCAGAAGCUGCAGAAAUUGUAUUGCAGUGAUAAGGAGAAGUUACGAGAGAUUCUGGUGAAGCUUGCUAAGCUUUACAUAAGACUUCAGGACCUAGAAAAGGGGUUACAGAUAUAUGAGGAAGUGAUGGGAGGGGAAGAAGAUUCAGCCAGAAAAAUUCACCUUCAAACUGACUUAGUUGACCUCCUUAUGGCAGAGAAAAAUCUGACAACUCAGCAAGAACACAUGGUGAUGGAGCUGGUUACUGGACUGACACAGAAGGAGACUGUGGUCACCUUCACCAACCCAGAACACACAGUCGCCAGGUACCUGGACCUUCUCAUCAAGUACCAUAAGGUGACCAACCUUCCUGAUCAGUGUGGUCGCCUUCACUCUCUGUUCCCAGCGCUUUCUCGUCCUCUGGAAAUCCUCAUCUUACACUACAUGGAGACAGAAACAGAAAUAAAACAACUGGAGGACACUGUUGAUAAGCUGAAGGACCUUGAUCCAGAAAGUCCGUACCUUGUCGCAGCCCAGGGCUUCAUAUUGAUAUGUCAGAAAAACUACAUUCAGGCUCGACCAUUGCUUGCCUCAGCUGCUGAGAUCCUGAAGAAAGUAGUCAUAGUGCAUUACUACCUAGCCAAGGCGUUGUUUACACUACACAUCAACAAACAGGCACAAAGGGCCUGUGAUGCCUGUUUUAGUGUGAUGCUGAAGAAGGACCGUGUGGUGAUAUCAGCUGGUGAACUGGACUCGCGUCUGUCCGUCCUACAGUCCCAAAUAGACUACAGGAAAGGUACACCCACCUCCCUGGACAGGGCCAUUCAAGCACUUUCUCAGAGAGGAGAGCUUCCCAGUGAUCUGAGGAUAUUACUGGGAUUUGUUUACCUGAAGGCCGGUAGAGUUGAAGAUGCCCAGAAAUUGGUGACCGGUACCAAGGACACAGCCGCUCUGGACGGAUGGGCACAUUUUGUCAGUGGAGAUUACUCUGGGGCUAUCCUCAGGUUAACUCUAGCCCUAGAAGCUGCUCCAAGUGAAAGUGAGAACCACCUGAUGCUGGGUAAAGCAUUGUGGGCAGUGUGGAAGGAGGAUAAGUCUAGAGAGUCGGCGGAGAAAAGCUACAUGUCUUUUCUAAAGGCAGCCAAGUUGGACCCAUAUAACAGCGAGGCUUUCCUGUAUCUCGGUCACUUUUCCUUAGAUGUCCAGCAUGACAAGGUCAAGGCCACCAAGUGUUAUCAGAAGGGGUUUGACCUUGACAAUGACAAUGAUGAUGCUGGUGCUGCCCUCUGUGAUCUAUUGUCAAGUGCAGGUCAAGAGGAAGAUGCCCAUAAUAUCAUCGUGUCUGUUACAUCUAAAGCUAGUGCUGGAAGUGCCAAGUGGGCGUGGCUAAGAUUGGGGCUGUACCAAGUCAAACAUGACAGUCCAUUUGUGGCCGUCACCAGCUUCCAGUCAGCACUGAGAGCUGAUCCUAAAGACAAUCAUGUGUGGGAGUGCCUGGCUGAGGCCUACCUACACAGAGGCAGUCUGACAGCUGCACUCAAGGCCUUUACCAAGGCAUCAGAGCUGGAACCAAACUCCUUGUAUUGUUUGUAUCAAAUUGCUGCUAUAAAGCAGACCCUGUGCAUGUACACGGAGGCCAUUGCGGAGUACAAGGUCAUCCUGGAGCGCUCGCCAAACUACGUACCCGCUUUAAAGGGUAUUGGGGAGACUUACCUAUUGCUGGCUAGGACUCACCUGUCACACAGUUUCUAUGGUCGUACUAGAGAUAACUGUGAGUCUGCCCUGCUGUUCCUCACCAGAGCGGCAAACCACCGGGCAGACAUGUCCUGUCUGUGGAAGUUAAUGGGUGAUGCCUGUACCCUGAUCCAUGUCCUGGCACCAGAGACCUUCAGCCUCACUGUGGACAACAAACUAGUGACCAAGGCAGGGGAGACAAGUCCCCCGGGGACAACAAGUAUAGGACUGUCACAGACACUGGAGCUGGGGGCUAGGUGUUACGGCCGAGCUUUGAAGGCUCUUCCAGAGUGUGCUUCAUUAUGGCAUGACCUUGGGGUCAACUUUUUCUACCAAUCACAGCAGUCGACACAAACUGACAUGGUUGCCACACUGUCCACGAAAGCUGUGAAUGCUCUGAAGAAAGCAUUGACCCUUGAUCAUAGAAACCAUCUACAUUGGAAUGCUCUUGGAAGGGUGUUUUGUUUAAAGGGGUGUUACAGUCCAGAUAAGGCCCAGCACUGCUUCAUCAAGUCCAUACAGACUGAACCCAAUAAUGUUGUGGCUUGGUCUAAUUUGGCUACACUGUAUUUCAAGAAUGGUAACAUAGAGCUUGCCCACGAUGCCUUUAAGAAUGCCCAGAGUUUAGAACCAUCAUACGUUGCCUGCUGGAUUGGGCAGGCACUGAUUGCGGAGACUGUUGGACAUGAAGAUGCUAUGGACUUGUUUAGACACACCACUGGGAUGGCCAAUCACGUAGAGGGAGCCACCGGGUAUGCCAGUUGGGUGUGUACCAUGAUGAAGGACAAGAAUAAACACAACACAGAAUUGUUCCGCUACUCCAUAAAACAAAUGGCCGCCAUUCCAGCAGCCUCUGAUGCUCUCGCUAAGUAUAUAGAUCUUGAGAAGAACAACCCCACAGCUUACAACAUGUAUGGAUUGUUGUUGGAACAUCAGGGGCUAUACAAGAUGGCCGUCGGCUCUCUCCAGUCGGCCUUGGAGUUGUGUGAUCACAACUCACCCUACACACAAGAAAUUAGAAUCAACUAUGCCCGCAUACUCUGCAAAGAUCAGCAGUACCAGGAAGCUGUUGUACAGUACGACCUUGUGACUGACCUUAUAACCUUAGAGGACACGAGUAACAAAGGUCUGGCGCUGUACAUGGCUGGACGGUACUCGGAAAGUGUCAAAGUUUACACCGCCGCCCUUGACUUAGCUGAAACGGAGGAAGAACAGUCACAUGUGUCUGUUGCUAUAGGGAUGGUCCACUAUGGGGCCGGAGACCUGGACACCACCAAGACUGUCCUCUUUCAAAGUUAUCAGAUGACCCCACCCUCAAGGAUUGGCCUGCUUGCUCUGUGUGCCCUUGGGAUCCUGCAGACAGAUAUGACCUUGACCUUAGCUGUCCUUCAGGAACUUUUGGCGGGAACAGGGUCAUCCAGUCAGUCAGAUGUCGCUCACCUCAUGGCCACUGCCAAUGCUGUACUUGAGGGUAAUCCAUCUGCAGCCAAAAACUUUAUCCAGCAGUGUAUACAUAAACAUCCGGACCAAGUGGAUCUGUGGCGCCUCCUGGGGUCUGUUCUUAUCACGCAUUGCCAUGAUACCACUGCAGUGACUGGUGCUGCCACCUGUGCACAGAAAGUUCACACUCUUAACCCAACGUUACCUGGUAUAAUGAAGCUGGUGACCAGUGCUCAGCUAGCUGGUGGACAUCACAGUCGGACCAACAGAAAAGGGGUGUUGUCCAGUGCCCAGAGGGCAGUUCAUCUAAACCCAGACCAGAUGGGGAACUGGUGUAACUUGACGGCAGCCGUCCACAGUCAUACUGUAUUCCAUGGUGACAAGACGGACAAGCUUACUGAACUUAUCCUCCUCUAUCUAAACUGGAUCUCAUCAACAUUCACUGAUACUCCAAACAUAUUGACAAGUUGGUGUAAAAGACAAAGAGUUGUUUCCCUUGUCGAGGCUGGCAGAGUAGAUGAAGCCCAACAAUUACUUAGCAAGUUAAAGAGUUGUAAAGAUCCGGAGCUGGUAGAUUUUGCGACAACCAUAACAACAGUACUGAGUGGAGACAUAGGGGCCAUGUCACAACAGCUACUACAGUCACGGACCGACACAAUUCUCCUCGAGGCUUUGUUGGAGACGUGCGAGCUGGGAGGGGUCAAUGUUAACCUCAACGACAUACUAGGGGAGAUGGAGGAGGACAGAGGAAGGAGAACUGAGUUUGUUUGUAGGGUGCUACAUGUGUAUUACAUGUACAAACAGGCAAAGAGGACCAGUGUUCAGGAUGACAAUGAUUACCUGGAGAUGAAGAAGGCAGUGACAGCAGUACAACAGCUAGACUCCCAUUGUCUUCCGGUGAUGCUGCUACUGGGCACUGCCAGUCUGACAGUCAACCCCAGACUGACCAAGCACUGUGUUGUUAAAGUAAGCGAGGGAGGUCGUCUACAAAUUGACAAGGGUGAUGAAGUCUCCAUAGCAAGAUGCCUCCUCAUCAAACUCAUAUACAACCCAAACAAAGAGUCAGAACCACUCCAGAAACUAUUGGCCGAAGCAGCAGAGGAGGGGGAUGUGGUUGCUCUGGACUUCUACAACGUUCUCUCCACAACCAACUGAGAAGUCUCUAUGAACUCUUUGAUGCUGAAGCAUGUUUUCUUUUUCCAACUGUCUAGAAAUUCUUCAUUAACGGGAAAAUGAAAUAGUUUUUCUCUUGAAAAACAAUAAACUUUUGUUGUCAAAUUUUUGUUAAU